AUGUGUUACCAAACCGAUGCUUCGAUGGGUGAGGGUAAGGGAGAUCCUGAAAGUGUCGAGAAUGGUUCUACAGAUUUGCAAAAAUUGCUUGCACAUACUACUUGGGAACCGAAGCUAACUUUUAUUGGUGGGGGUAAGAUAGCAGCUGCUCUCAUCUGUGGUUUUGAAUCUGCUGGUCUCGUGACUAAAGAUGACGUUGCAGUCAGUGUUAAAACAGCAUUAUCCGUACAGCGGUGGAAGCGAUUGGGAUAUGUAAAUGUGUACACAUCCAAUGAAUUCCUGAUUCGAGCUCAUGGCCAAGGGAUUGUUUUUUUGUCGGUAAAACCACAGAUGCGCACAGCAGUGUUGGAGGAGUUGAGUAAUAAGGCAUUUACAAAUACUCCAUUGAUUGUCUCUGUUAUGUGUGGAGUUGACGUGAAGACACUGGAGAAAGAAGUUGUGGCUAAAGGUUAUGCCUCAGAACGUGGAGUGGUGCGUUUAAUGACAAAUCUCCCAGUUUCUAUGUGUUCUGGAGCGUCCAUCAUAUGCUCCAGCUUAUGCCUGGAGGAGGAAAAGAUUGAUUUAAUCAAGAGUAUCAUGCAGUAUGUUGGUAUUUGCUUUAUAGUCAAUGAAAAAUCAUUUAAUGCGGCUGCAGCAAUUGCAGGAUGUGGACCAGCUUUUAUGUUCAUGGCAAUCGAAGCAUUGUCAGAUGGGGGUGUCCUUGGUGGUAUUGAUCGUACAACUGCAAUGAAACUAGCUGCUCAAGCUGUCAUGGGAGCUGCAAGAAUGGUUUUAGAAGCGAGUGAACAUCCAGCUGCUUUAAAAGAUGACGUUUGCUCUGCUGGUGGUAGUACGAUAUAUGGAGUGAAGGAAUUAGAAAAAAACGGUUUUCGCUCGGCUUUAAUCGAAGCAGUGUAUGCUUCAACAAAACGAAGUUCGGAACAGGCUUAG